UGGUUUGAUCGUUGAUCCAGCUAGUUUUUACUUUUUAUUAUAAUGUGUAGUGUUGGUGAUGAUGAUUUUGAAAAUGAUCUUCAGAAAGUUAUGCCUGUGAUAAAAAAUGUUAUUCUAUCAGAAACCUGUAAUAAAUGUAGGGCCCGACCACCUCUUGUAGUAUUGAGAAGUAAAGAUUUCUAUUGCAAAGACUGUUUUUUGACAGGCACCACUCAUAAGUUUAGAGCAUUAUUAGGAAAAUCUCGCCUCAUUAGGCCCAAUGAUAUAGUUUUAGUGCACCACCAGAUUGGUCAUCCCAGUACUGCUCUGUUACACUUUCUCAGAAGUGCCUUGGAUCUGAGUACUCCUAAAAAACUACAAUUCAAGCCUGUGAUUUUGUUCAUUGACAAUCAGUAUCACCUUACAGUAAAAGAAAGACUUGACAUUCUAACAGCAGUUGAGCAAGAGGUUAAUUCAUUUGAAUUCAAUCUGUACUUCAUUUCAUUUGCAAAGUAUAUUGCAAACCCUGACAGUAUUGAAGAACUCAUAACAACACAUGAUUUGACUAUAUCUGAAAAUGACAAAGAUGAACUUGAUUCAUUGGUUAAAACAAAAUGUUCACUUACCAACAAGAAUGAUAUAAAAACAUUAUUCCAGAGGCAGUUGCUUUUAGAUGUUGCUAGACAUUUGAAAUGCAAAUUUGUGUUUACACCAGAUAUAUCCAUAGACAUUGCUUCACAGUUAUUGUCAAAUGUAUCACUGGGAAGAGGUUCUCAUAUUUCAGUGGAUACUGGAUUCUGUGAUGACAGGGAUGAAAUUGUUAAAAUUCUCAAACCUCUUCGUUUAUUUGAUAUGAAAGAAUUAGCCCUAUAUAACAAAUUUAACAAGAGAGAACCACUCUGUGUCAGACAACCAGAAAUUAACCCAUAUUCUUCAAUACAGGACCUUAUGAAGACAUUUGUCAAUAACUUACAGAGUAACUUCCCAGCCACAGUCACAACUAUAAUCAAAACUGGUGAUAAACUGACUGUAGAACAGACUGGUUUACAAAUAUGUACAUUAUGCAAGAAUGUAUUAUCAAAAGCUACUCCUCAACUCAGGGCUGAAGACUCUACUAAUUUUUCCCAUCUGAUUUCAACCCAGAUACCUGAUCAAAGUUAUUCAAGAGAAGAAAGGUAUUUGAGUUUAUUGGAUACAUUUGAAAAAGAGGAAUACGGAAAUAAAGAUCUAUGUUAUGCUUGUUAUAAAAUAUCAAAUCAUAUGAUGGGGUACUAAUGGACGAUAAUAAAGCUAUCAUGCAUCAAUCACCAAUUACUCAAUAACUGUUUAUGUAACCAUCAUUUAGGAGGAUCCUCAUUGUGUUAGUACUGUUAGUCCAAAGAUAAACAUUAGAUUGGUAUAGGUAAUUAUUGAAUGACAGUCAUAAAGUUUUUUUUCUCCAAGCGGCAGGGAUAGUGGCUUUUUCCUGCCGUUAAACAGGCAGAAAAGGUGUUCUUUUACUGCCUAGGCAGGAACAGUUUUGCUAUGCAACGUUCCAAGAAAUUCUAAUGAAAUGAGUAAUCAAAAUUGACACUGACAUUGGGUGAACACAAAAUGAUGGAAUUUUCAAUAAAAAAAUUACACAAAAUUGGUUCUAUAUCAUUUGGGAAAAAAUGCUAGGCUAUGAACUAUCAGCCGCGGCAGUCAAUCUACUACUUUUCUGCCUAGUAAAUAAAACAAUAGUUAUUUGUUAUUUGAGAAAGUUCUCUUCCUCUUCAACGUGUCCGCAUUGAAAUAUAGAGAGGUGAGAGGUCUGAUAAAUCUAUCCUUUUCU